AUGCCGCAUAGCACCAGGUCUGAGUCAAUCAGGAACAACACAACCAUGGGCAGUCUCUCCGCAGAUGCAUAUACCAUAGAGGUAGGUCCAGAAGUAGCAGGACUCAUUGCAUCAGCCACUGACUAUCCCCCAAUCAAUGGUCAUCCUCCAACCAACGGCCACCUCACCAAUGGGUACCAUCUCGACGAAAGCAAUACAACCGAAGAAGUACAAAUACACUCACCAGCCCACAGAGCCGCAACCGGUAGCUCAGGCCAACCCUCCAACCACAUCAGAGCCUCAGGAGCAGGAGCAGGAACAGGGGCAGUCAUCACGGGAACAACCAUCAACGGCACCCAUGUUAGAGACAUCACCAUCACCGGUACCCACAUAACCGGAACCACCAUCUCGGCAACUCACAUCAGUGGAAUCACAAUAAACAGCACCAACAUCAUUCAAACAAGCAUCAACGGAGUUCCCACCAGCACUAGCGGCACAACCAUUAACGGAACCAACAACGACAACAACAACAACGACGACAACCUGAACGGUACAACUCCCAUCUCAAGGGCUCCACCUCCUAUCGUCGACGGCCAAGAAACCGAAGCCGAAGCCGAAGCAGCUUUCGCAUCCACAGUCGCAGCAAGUGUGAUCACCUCCAACUCUAUCAAUAGUCACGAGCGUGGAACUGCGGUUGCCAAUCACGAACGAAGUGGAUCCACCAGUCUUGACACUCCUGGAAUAACCAUUGUUUACCCUAGAGCAAUGUUCAACAUCAAUCCGACUAGACUUGGUCAUCUUUUGAGGAGGGAGUUUGCAGAUCCUUGA